UUGAAUGGAAAUAUCCAAGUACUUACGAUUGAAAGAAAUCCGGGAAAUUCCAAAAUGGAUGCGCCCUGUGUGCCAGGCUGAUGCUCAAAAUAUUGUAUUAAUGUAUGAAUUGCUGUAAUUUGGACAAGUUUAUUGUACCAAAGAAUGGAAGGGUACGAAAAAGAACUGAGGGAAGUCAAGGAACAGUUGGAGGAUAUUGAAAUCCAGAUCGAGACGCUUCUCCAGACUCAAUCGGAUCUAGCAGCGAGAAAAGAAGAGCUAGAAUUACUUAUUCAGACCAGCAGCAGAACAUCAACACAAUCCCAGUCUCAGGCAGUCUCACAGAAAUGGGACACAGAAGAUUUUACAUGGAGUGCUGCCUUAAAGCAGAAAAUGAAGACUAUAUUCAAAAUCAAUGAGUUAAGACCAAUGCAGUUACAGACUAUGAAUGUCACAUUGUCUGGUAAAGACUGCAUUCUGAUAAUGCCCACUGGUGGAGGCAAAAGCCUGUGUUUUCAACUUCCAGCACUGCUAAGCAAAGGUGUGACACUAGUUGUGUCGCCAUUAGUGUCUCUGAUGGAGGACCAGGUGAUUGCUCUGGAGAGUUAUGAUGUCGACGCAGUGAUGUUAAAUGCCUCUACGGAUAGAAACAAAGUAACUGCAGUCCAGAAUGCUAUGACUGAUAAAAACUCUCCCAUGAAACUUCUGUAUGUAACCCCAGAAAAACUGGCCAAAAGUAAACGCUUCAUGGCCAAGCUAGAGAAAAUGUACGCCAUGGGAAGGUUUUCACAUCUAGUUAUUGAUGAGGUUCACUGCUGUUCACAGUGGGGGCAUGAUUUUAGACCAGAUUACAAAUUCCUGGGAAUCAUGAAGCGACAGUUUCCAGAGGUUCCCAUUCUUGGACUCACUGCAACGGCAACUAAAAAUGUCAUUGAGGAUGUCAAGAAGAUUCUCAAUAUUCCCUCUUGCAUACUGUUUAAGGCAUCUUUUAAUAGACCCAAUCUGUUUUAUGAGAUCAAAUCAAAGCCAUCUGAACAUAAAGAAGCCAUGGAUGAAAUUCAAAGGCUCAUUCAAAAGAGAUUUAACAAUCAGUCAGGAAUUAUAUACUGCUUUUCCCGUAAGGAAUCACAGGACGUUACAGCUGAUUUACGGCAGAGAGGAAUUAAAACAGGUUGUUACCAUGCAGAUCUUAGCUCUCAUGAAAGGAGUCGAGUGCAUAAAAUGUGGCUUAAAGAUGAAAUCAAGGUUGUGGUGGCCACCACAGCUUUUGGUAUGGGUAUAGAUAAGCCAGAUGUUCGCUUUGUGAUCCACCACUCUGUUAGCAAGUCAAUGGAAAACUUGUACCAGGAGAGUGGGCGAGCAGGCCGAGAUAACAAAGUGUCACACUGCAUCGUGUUCUACAGACUGGCAGACAUAUUCCGACAGAGCACAAUGGUGUUCACAGAACAGACAGGACUAGACAAUCUGUAUGGAAUCAUGGCUUACUGUAUGGAUCUUACCAGAUGCCGGAGAUCUGUUAUUGCUCAGCAUUUUGGAGAAUCCUGGGAUAGAUCGGACUGCAAGGAAAUGUGUGACCAUUGUCAGACUCAAGCUGAGAUAGAAAAAAGAGAUGUCAAAAAACAUUGUCAACUGAUCAUAGAAAUUCUGAAGCAAGCAUCUAGGCUGGAGGAAAGACUGACAGCAAUAAAACUGAUGGAUGCCUUUCAAGGAAAGAAAGUAGGAGGAUUCAAGGUCACAGGUCUUGAUCUGCCCGCAGUCACGAGAGACGUACUGGAGAGGAUCAUAUCUCUUAUGUUAAUCAGGGGUUAUCUGAGGGAGGAUUUUCAUUUCACUGCCUAUUCUACCAUCAGUUAUCUUAUCCCAGGUGACAAGCAGAAUUUACUGAAGUGUGAAUCUACAAAGGUCCUACUGGACUGUGUUCAGAAAAGGAAACCCACCAAACCCAACUCAGCUUCUUCAGUAUCUCAUACCAAUGACAAGAAGAAAUCUGAAAUACCAAAGAGUAAAUCCAAACCCAAACUUGUUAUUGUGAAGUCUCAGAAUUCAAAUAACCCUGGCACCAAUAAUGGUGCAGUCACAGAAAAACCUUCUGUCCACAAACAGCUUUCACUCAAGAGGAAAAAACCUAUAAUAUACGAGUCUGAGGAUAGUGAUCUAGACUUUGGUGAAGAGAGCACCGAUUGUUUUGUGGUGAAAAAAAGGUAUGUGGAUUCUUCUGCUAACCCAGAUUCCAACCUGAAUCUGAUGAAUGAAGAAAUGGAGAAAGUGGACAGACAUGUGGAUAAUACAGACAGUGUUGGUAAUUCACAAGAUGAUGCUAUACAACUGGACUCUGACAGCAAUGAUUGAAUCAGAAUGAAACAGUUGUGAUCAUGUUGAUUCCAAAGAAAAGGAGGAAGAUAUACUUACAGGCUUGCUUUCUGCAUAGGAAACAGAAUCAAGGAAUUUGCAGAAUCAAAACUGUGCAUCAACCCAAAAACUUGUUUGAUACUGAAUAUUUGCUCGAGAUUUUCGUUAACACAUUAUGAAAAAAAUGUUUUUAAAGAA